AGGUGACGGCAACCACGUGGCUUACAUCUAAAGCCAACAAUGCAUUGGGGUGCAGUCGUCUUAGUCCUCGGUGCGGUUGCAUCGCAGCUUGCUGAUGGCGGGUAUAUCUUCACGGCACCGAAAAUACUGCGUAGCGAAACGGACGCUCUGUUCCGGCUAACGCUGACCGACGUCAAAGAAGACGGCAAGGUGACGGUCCGGCUCCUCAAGUACAAUAACGACAGCGUCGUCUUGGCGGAACAAGAGUACGACAUCAAGAACGGUGAAAGUGCCUUUCUACCGUUCCGAGUGCCGGAGCAUCUCGACAGUCAAGCCAAGAUUGAAGUGAACGGCACUUUCGGAAGCUAUGUCUUUGGCGACCGGAAGGAGAUUGACUUCCAGAAGUCCAAGAACACCAUUCUUGUCCAGUCGGACAAGGCUCUGUACAAGCCAGGACAGAAAGUUCAAUUCCGUGUUCUGCCUAUCAAUAACGAGCUGAAGCCUGUCAAGGAUGUCAAGGCUACCAUCUACGUCACAAGCCCUAGCGACGUUCGGAUAGCUCAGUGGAACGAUGUCUCUUUUGAAAAAGGCAUCGUGCAGCGGGAUUUCCAGCUCACAGAAGAACCCGAAUUGGGUCUGUGGCAGAUUGUCGUCGAACUUCCCACUCAGACUGUGAGGCAGCACUUCGAGGUUAACGAGUACGUGUUGCCGAAAUUCGAGGUCACCAUAAAGCCGCCAUCCUACGUUCUUGCUGAUGCCAAGGAAAUCACGUGGAAGAUUUGCGCACACUACACAUUCGGCCAGCCUGUCGAUGGAACCCUGACGGUGAAUGUGACGUACGAGCGCUACAGCUGGGAGAAGGAUGACUACCCUAAGAUCAACCACACGGGACCUAUCAACGGCUGCUACGACAUGGUUGUUAACACGACCCUGCUUCGGUUCAACGAGAACUACGAGAUCUACAAGCGCAUCUCGCUCGUGGCGCAAGUGAACGAGACCGGCACUGGUGUGACGAUGAACAAGACAAACUUCAUCAGCCGCAGCUUCAACCCGCUCGAGCUCAACUUCUUGGAUGGAGAGCACGGAAAGAAUUACUUCAAGCCUACCAUGCCUUUCUACGGCAGGCUUCUGGUGAAGAAGCCCGACGGUGUUCCUGUGGGCGGAGAGCUCGUGCAGCUCUGCUUGCUGUCGCAGUCCGAGGAGAUUAAGCCGCGUUGGUGGCGUACCGAUCGCCGCCUCAGCUGCAAGAACUACACUUCGGACGAGUCCGGUAUCAUCAAGUUCACCAUCCCGCCGCUCAAGACUAGCGUGGUCACUAUCAGCGUUGAGGCAGUGGCAAUGAACUACGAGACCGUGAAGUACGACACGUACGGCGUGAAGAUCAACCAGCCCAAGAGCACGCUCUACCUCCAAGCCUGGUACUCGGCGAGCAACAAUUUCAUCCAGGUCGAGCCGUCGAAGGGCCCCAUUCCGUGCGCGGGAAAACACUCGAUGCGUCUGCGAUACACGGGAGAGCCCGAUACACAGAAGCAGUUCCACUUCCAGGUCAUGGCUCGCGGCAAGAUACUGAAGGACAAGGUCGUGGAUGUUGCCUUCAAGCCCGACGAAGCGGUCCCCGUUGACGCCAGCUUCUUGGUGGAGGAAGACCUGAACGAGACGCUUCCGAGCAAUAUGGCCGAGGGCUCGGUGUCGACGGGCAGCUUCGAGUUUGAGCUCGAACCGGACUACAGCUACGUGCCCCGAGUUAAAGUCUUGGCCUUCUACGUUCGCCCCGAUGGCGAGGUCAUCGCGGACUCCGAGCAGUUCGAAGUGGAAAAGUGCCUCCAGAACAACGUGACAAUGAGAUUCGGUUCAGAAGUAGUCCAACCAGCGACUUCCGCUGCCAUCCACCUUAACGGCUCUCCUCGCUCGUAUUGCGGUGUGGGCGUCGUGGACAAGAGUGUUCACCUUUUGAAGCAGGACAAUCAGCUGACGAAGGACAAAGUAUACGACAUCCUGAAGCGUUUGGACAUCACCCGAUACACGUGGCCGAAGCAGGCGUCCUACGACUAUUGCCGAAAGCAACUGGCGAAGAACCCUCAGCAGUACAAGCGGAACAUCUGGAACGGUCCUAGGUCCUCGAAUGUUGAAUACGUCGAUUCCAUCACAGCUUUUGACGAAUCCGGAGUGAUUGUCAUGUCGGAUCUGACACUGGAAACGAGGCCUUGCAGGAAGAACAUCUACGACAGACCACCAUACGCCCUAGCGGCGCCAGCGAUGCGGGUCUCCUUCCACUCCUACGAAGUUGCAUAUUCUCAUCAGGGUGUCGAGGAUGCCGAGGAGUACGACGACGAGCAGCUAGAACUAGCAGCAGUCCUGCGGAGUGGCGGAGGCCGCCAGAGAGUGCCCGGGCCUAGGCCGCUCGCAUUUGCGGCACGUCCUGGGCCACCGCCUCCACCCGGGGCCGCCUUUUCCAAUCGCGUUGUAGGUGGCUUGCCCGGAGUUCCCGUCGCCCUGGACUCGGUGGCACAGAGCGCUCCGUCGGUCAACAUCCCGGCCAAGUCGGCAGUCGAGGUGCGCACCUAUUUCCCCGAGACUUGGCUCUGGGAUCUCAAGGAACUCGACGAACACGGUGAGCUGAGCUUCAAGGAGAAGAUUCCGCACACCAUCACCGAGUGGGUGGGAAGCACCGUGUGCAUCAACUCGGAGGACGGUAUCGGCGUCUCGGACCCGGCGAAGAUCAAGGCGUUCCAGCCUUUCUUCGCAUCCUUUAACCUGCCUUAUUCGGUGGUGCGCGGAGAGCUCGUGCCCGUCAAGGUGUCCGUGUUCAACUAUCUCGAAAAGUGCCUGCCGGUCGACCUGAAGUUGUCCGAGUCCGCGGACUACCAUAUCGAGGGCGAGUCGGAAACGACGCUUUGCGUGUGCGGCAGCAAGAGCCAGGUUCACAAGUUCCAGAUCAGACCACAGACCAUCGGAGAGGUGAACUUGACUGUGUCGGCGGCCGGAUCGCAGAGCGACACCGCCUGCGGAGAGCAGCCCACGGAGAAAGUGGUGGCCAGGGAUGCCGUCACGAGGCCGCUCAUCAUUGAGGCUGAAGGUUUUGAGAAGGAAGAGACCCAGAGCGUGUUCGUAUGCCCUAAAGAAGACCCAGCGAAGAACGAGUUUGACUUGGUCCUUCCUGAAGACUUGGUGGAGGGAUCCGCCCGCGCUUACGUUUCCGUAACAGGAGAUAUUAUGGGCCCCGCAAUCAAGAACCUCGACUCGCUGGUGCAAGUGCCCACGGGAUGUGGAGAGCAGAACAUGGUCAAGUUCACGCCCAACGUCUACGUGCUCGACUACCUGAAGGCUACAGGAAAGGACCAAAAAGAAAUCGAAAGGAAAGCAGUGAACAACCUCAAAACAGGUUAUCAGCGCCAGCAGAAAUACAAGCACUAUGACGGUUCGUACAGCGCCUUCGGAAACAGCGACUCAUCAGGCAGCAUGUUCCUCACGGCGUUCGUCGUGAAGUCAUUCAAGCAGGCCGAGAAGUACGUCCCAAUUGACGCCGGAAACCUGAACGAGAGCAUUAAGUGGAUCAUAACUAAGCAGAAGACCAACGGCUGCUUCCAGAACGUCGGCACUGUUCUCAGCUCCGGUCUGAAGGGCAAGGUGAACUCUACUGCACCGGGUGCACUCACGGCAUACGUGCUGGCUGCCCUGUUGGAAGGAGGCCUCGCUGACGCCCAGGUCGUAGAGUCUGCGCUCCGCUGCAUCAGCGCCCAACGUGAUCCGAGCGCCCAUAACCUGGCGCUGUCUGCCUACGCCGCUGCACUGGCCGGACACGAGUCGGCCAAGGAUUACCUCGAGAAGCUCGAAUCUAUUGCGGUUCACAAGGGUGGCCUUACGUACUGGAGCAACGCCGGCAAGAAGGGACCUUCAGCGUCGGCCGACGUGGAGACGGCAGCUUACGCGGUGCUCGCAUACCUCAAGCUGAACCCUGAGGAGAACCUCAGUAAGGCGCAGCCGAUCGUCCGCUGGAUGGCAACCAAGAGAAACAGCCGCGGAGGCUUCCCGUCUACGCAGGACACAGUGCUCGGCCUUCAGGCUCUCUCUGCAUUCGCCACUUUUGUCAGCAAGGAUCCCGUGGACAUCACAGUUAAAGUCGACGGCAACGAGGUUAGCGAGUCUUACAACCUGAAGGAAGACACUAAGCUGGUCGUACAAGAGAAGAAGGUCGUGAAUCUGCCCAACAAGCUAACCUCAGAAGCAUCAGGUCCCGGAUGCGCUUUGGUGUCGACCACAUUGAAGUACAACGUUCACACGGCACCCAAGAGCGAAGGCUUUGAACUCACGGCCACUCCGUCCCAAGAAGCAACUGACUGCAACGACCACAAGCUCAAUAUUUGCAUCAGGUACGACGGCGAGCAGCCCUCUAACAUGGCAGUGCUGGAGCUCAAGCUUGUGUCCGGCUACAUCCCUGACGAGGACCACAUCUUCAGCCUAUACCGUGAGAAAGACGUCAAGCUGAAGAGGCACGAAGUUGAGAAGAACCAAGUCAACUUCUACUUUGAGGAGAUAACGUCAGAAAACAAAUGUUUCGACGUUCGCCUUCACCGCGAGUUCGCCAUUGAAGACGCGAAGCCCGCCACAGUUAAGGUCUACGACUAUUAUGAGCAAGAAAACAGCAACUCGGUGCCCUACUCCCUCGUGGCGUCCUGCUAGUAAACAUCACUCAUCAUUUUUUUUUCGAUUUCUAUUUUUCUUUUACUCGCGCCUUUUUGUUCAAACGAACGCGACAAUGACAAUACGAGUCACAAACACAACAUUAAGUCAAACGCGCAUUUACCUUCUCGCACCUAUAUAUUUUAUUUUUUUGUCGUCACCAGAAUCAUGCUUUUCCGCUUUGUCUAUAGUGUUCACCACCAAAGGCUUUUUUAUACCGGUCACACAUUUUGAAGAACGAAUGUACGAGUACUUACUUAUACGUGCCAUGUUGCGAAGCAAGACGAUAAAAAAAAAAGAAAUAAUGGCUUCCACCGCGCGCACCACGAAGCAAGUCAACGGGCAACGCGAUAUUUAAUUCUCAUCCCCGAGUAAAGGGUGGAGUACUUAAAGGAUGCGCCGCUACAGUGUGCGUGUGUAUGUGUGUGCGUGAAACAAAGUCGUGCAUUUGUGACGUCGCCAUGUUGAGUUUUCUCCGUAGAGCGUUUUAGCGAGCCGAGUGGAAGAGUAGCUUUAUAUAUUUUGUACUUGCGAGGACGAUGAGCACGUUGUCAUCUGCGAGACUUCACUGUUACAAAUAGUGUCACGAAGAGCAAAUAAAGCUAAAUUUUUUCACAA